GGUUGGAGCCUGCUUUUUAGCUCUGUAGCUUUUGCCUCAUGAACCCAAUAUAAAAUUGUUUUUCAUUUUAUUUAAAGAAAAAUAUUCACAUCGACCCCAAAGAACUAAAUAAAAAAAAAAUCAAGAAAGCAAAAAGAAACUUGUAGAGUUGCCUUUUUGGUUUUUUAUUUUUUGGCUCGGUAGCCCGUGAGCUGAAUUUAAUGUGGGUGUGGAGUCCGGAUUAGAUUAGAGAGUAGGCACAAGGAAGAAGACUUCUAAAAAAAAAAGAAGAAAAAGAAAGAGAAGACUGUUCUACUUGGAACAGUUCUGACGUUGAUCCCCUACCCACCAUCUUUUUUUUUUUUUCUGGUUCUGUUAUGUGAAAAAGCUGUCUGGGUUUUUUGUUUUUGAUCUUGUCUUUGGAUUCGCUGCAUGUUUCAGAUCUUUGGUGUGUUUUGAGGCUACAGCUAUGGUGUUUUGAUUAGAUUCAGCCCUGAGAUUUAAGGCCUUGAUUCUUGGAAGCCGCUGGCACAUCAUCGGCGGAGUAUUAUUAUCAGAAGGCUUCAGAAGAGAUAUUAUAAUUGAGCUGACUUUGCUAUCUGCUUGAAAAAUGUCGUUCCGUAGCAUAGUUCGUGAUGUGAGAGAUAGUUUUGGGAGCUUGUCUAGACGGAGCUUUGAUGUUAGACUGACAGGGCAUCACAGAGGAAAAUCUCAUGGUUCUUUACAUGAAUUGCAUGAUGAGCCUCUUGUAGUUCAGAACAGCCGUUGGGCGAAUCUCCCUCCAGAGCUGCUUAUUGAUGUGAUUAAGAGGUUGGAAGAGAGUGAGAAUACGUGGCCUGCUCGAAAGAAUGUUGUUGCUUGUGCAUCAGUUUGCCGAUCAUGGAGAGUCAUCUGCAAAGAAAUAGUGAAGAGUCCUGAAUUCUGUGGGAAGCUUACUUUCCCUGUGUCUCUGAAGCAGCCUGGGCCACGCGAUGGAACCAUUCAGUGUUUCAUCAAAAGGGAUAAAUCUAAAUUAACGUAUCAUCUCUUUCUGUGUCUUAGCCCUGCAUUGCUAGUUGAAAAUGGGAAAUUCCUUCUUUCUGCAAAAAGGACCCGCAGGACUACUUCUACAGAGUAUAUCAUUUCUAUGAAUGCUGACAAUAUUUCAAGAUCAAGCAGCAGUUACAUUGGAAAGCUGAGGUCAAACUUCCUUGGCACAAAAUUCAUAAUAUAUGACACCCAGCCAGCCUGUACCUCUGCUCAUGUUCCUCCACCAGGCCGAACAAGUCGAAGAUUUUACUCCAAGAAAGUUUCCCCUAAAGUCCCUACUGGCAGCUACAACAUAGCUCAGAUUACUUACGAACUAAAUGUUCUUGGUACCCGGGGGCCACGAAGAAUGCACUGCAUCAUGCAUUCUAUCCCUGCCUCAGCUCUUGAUGUGGGUGGUUCUGUCCCUGGCCAGCCUGAGCUUCUACGCCACCCUUUGGAGGACUCAUUCCGGAGCAUCUCCUUUUCAAAGUCUCUUGACCAUUCUGUUGAGUUCAGCAGCUCUCGAUUUUCGGAGAUUGGUGUGUCUCAUGAUGAUGAGGAGGACGGGAAAAUGAAACCCUUGAUCCUCAAAAACAAGCCCCCUAGAUGGCACGAGCAGUUACAGUGUUGGUGCCUGAAUUUCCGUGGCAGGGUAACCGUGGCAUCCGUGAAGAACUUUCAGUUGAUUGCUGCCACGCAGCCAGCUGCUGGUGCACCCACUCCAUCUCAGCCAGCCCCACCUGACAUCGAUAAGAUAAUCCUACAGUUUGGCAAGGUCGGCAAAGAUAUGUUCACCAUGGAUUACCGUUAUCCCCUAUCUGCAUUUCAGGCUUUUGCAAUCUGCCUGAGCAGCUUUGACACCAAAUUGGCUUGUGAAUAGAAUGAACAAAAACGGAUGAUUGUGGCCAGCAAAACACAUAAAAGAUUAAUGACAAUCUUUAACUUCUUUCUUUUUUCUCUUGUUCUCAUCUUCAUUAUCUUCUCUUUUGCCAUUUCUUCCCUUUAGGGUGAUCAUCAGUAGGCUGGAAAAUUGAUACUGUUGUAUUGUUGUAAACUAAUUUUUAUCUUUGGGUGCCACCUGAAUGGCGGCGUGCAACAUAGUAAACUCUAAACUUUCUUCACUUCUGUUUGUUCUUCCUCGUUAAUUCAUGAAUGGUCAAUCGGUUUGCUUGCUA